AUGCCUGGGAUAGACAAACUGCCUAUCGAAGAGGCGCUAGAGGACAGUCCUCAGACACGAUCUUUGCUGGGUGUAUUUGAAGAAGAUGCUGCUGCAAUUUCCAGAUAUAUCAACCAGCUGUAUAAAGCUAUGCACCGAAUUUAUGAUGCACAGAAUGAACUCAGUGCAGCAACACAUUUGACUUCAAAGCUUCUAAAAGAAUAUGAGAAGCAGCGCUUUCCUUUGGGUGGUGAUGAUGAAGUUAUGAAUUCUACUCUUCAGCAGUUUGCCAAAGUGAUAGAUGAGCUCAGUUCUUGUCAUGCGGUACUAUCAACUCAAUUAGCAGAUGCCAUGAUGUUUCCCAUCACACAGUUCAAAGAAAGAGAUCUAAAAGAAAUUCUGACUUUAAAAGAGGUUUUUCAGAUCUCCAGCAAUGAUCAUGAUGCUGCGAUUGCCAGAUAUAGUCGACUGUCAAAAAAAAGAGAAAAUGAGAAGGUCAAAUAUGAAGCUACAGAAGAUGUAUAUACUUCUCGGAAGAAACAACAUCAGACUAUGAUGCAUUACUUCUGUGCAUUAAAUACACUGCAGUAUAAGAAGAAAAUUGCUAUGUUGGAACCCUUACUAGGCUAUAUGCAGGCUCAGAUAAACUUCUUUAAAAUGGGCUCAGAAAACCUUUCUGAACAGCUGGAAGAAUUUUUAACAAAUAUUGGGACAAGCGUGCAGGACGUUCGCAGGGAAAUGGAACGUGAAGUGGAGACAAUGCAACAGACUAUAGAAGAUUUGGAAAUAGCCAGUGAUCCGCUUUAUUUACCAGAUCCUGAUACUACAAAAUUUUUGGUUCAAAGAAACCUUACUCGCAAGGCUGGUUAUCUAAAUGCAAGAAACAAAACAGGGCUGGUGUCUUCCAGUUGGGACAGACAGUUUUACUUCACACAGGGUGGAAACCUAAUGAGCCAAGGAAGAGGUGAAGUAGCUGGAGGACUUGUAAUGGAUAUAGACAAUUGUUCGGUAAUGGCUGUGGAUUGUGAAGACAGAAGAUACUGCUUUCAAAUAACAUCUUUUGAUGGCAAAAAGUCUUCAAUUUUGCAAGCUGAGAGCAAAAAAGAUUAUGAAGAAUGGAUAUGUACAAUAAACAAUAUCUCGAAACAGAUUUACCUUAGCGAAAACCCAGAGGAAAUUGCUGCCCGUGUAAAUCAGUCAGCUUUAGAGGCUGUCACUCCCUCACCUUCCUUCCAGCAGAGACAUGAAAGCAUGAGGCCAAUUAUACAGCCUCGGCCUCCCACAAAUCGUACAAGUAGCACUGGAUCUUUGGGAUCUGAUUCGGCAUCACUAUCCGCACUUUCCUUGGACUCGAUUGUUGCACCUGACACACCUAUACAAUUUGAUAUCAUUUCUCCAGUAAGUGAAGACCAGCCUGGUCAAAUAAAAACUCCAGGCCAAUCAGGCAGACGUACAAAUCCUUUUGGAGAGUCUGGUGGAACCAAAUCAGAAACAGAAGAUUCUAUCCUUCAUCAGUUAUUUAUUAUAAGAUUCCUUGGAUCUAUGGAAGUGAAAUCAGAUGAAAGUCCUGAUGUUGUUUAUGAAACAAUGCGUCAAAUAUUAGCAGCUCGAGCUAUACAUAACAUUUUCAGAAUGACAGAAUCACAUUUGUUAGUUACCUGCGAUUGUUUAAAGUUAAUUGAUCCACAAACACAAGUUACAAGACUCCGGUUUCCUUUGCCAAAUAUAGUUCUGUAUGCCACACACCAGGAGAACAAGCGUCUUUUUGGAUUUGUGCUUCAUACUUCAACAGGAAGAGCAGAUGGCAGACCAACUUCAGUUUGCUACAUAUUUGAAUCAAAUAAUGAAGGGGAAAAGAUUUGUGAUUCCGUGGGACUUGCAAAACAGAUUGCAUUACAUGCUGAAUUGGAUCGAAGAUCAUCAGAAAAGCAGAAAGAAAUAGAAAGAGAAAAGGAAAAACAGCAAAAAGAGCUCAAUAAACAAAAACAAAUUGAAAAGGAUUUAGAAGAGCAAAGUCGAUUAAUUGCUGCUUCUAGUCGAUCGAUCCAGAGUGUUGGUGAAGGACAGUUUAUAGUUCUUAGCAAUAGCCCAUCAGAAGACAGUGAUUUGGGUGAAGAAGGAAAGAAGAAGCAAGAAUCUGAUGCAUGAAGCAACUUCAGUGCAAGGCUUUAAACCUCUUGCCUGAAAUGAUAAAUUGUAUCAUUUAAAAUUUACAAAACAAAUCAUGUAAAUUUGUUAUAUUAGAUACAACUUGGUAUUCUCACUCAUUAAGGUUGAUUUUUUUUAAAUGGCUCAGUGUAAAUAUGGAUUUUUGUUCUCAUCAUAACCAAAUGUAGUGAAAUGUUCAUGACUGUAGCAGAUUUGGAUAUUAUAGAACUUAUUCUAUUUCAAUUACCUAGCUGUUCUGGUGACUUAGAAAGUAAUUUGUGUAACUUAAGAAGUUGGUAGAAAAUCUUUUAUCUUCAGUUUCUUUUCUCUGUUUUCAGAGAAGUUGUUUUAGUCUCCUGCUUAAAAUAAAGAGUCUUGUUCUACUUUUAAAUACUAACAUUUGAUCUGAUAAAAAUUGAAUCAUUUUAGUCUUCAAAGUAUCCUAAGCCUCUGAACAAAAAGCCAAUUUUGAUUCCUAAAAAUGGCGGGGUCAAUAAUGGCAGCAGCCUCAUAACUUUUAAUUAAUGCUUUUGCUGAGAAAGUGUUGGGUCUAGAGUGUAUGAGUUUUUUAAGAUGAAAUAUGAGAAUUAUCAUUUUUACUUGAAAUUGUACUGGCUAGAAGUGAUCUUGGCUUCUCCUCUAUAUACAUAAAGCACUUUGUGGAGGGUGGCAAAGACAUUCAACCAAACACUGGAAAGUACUUUGGAGUGUCAAUGCACUGUGUAAAUUUGUAACAUUAUACAAAUUGACUUUUAACUGUCUAGAUGAGAAUAAUGUGCAUACACUUCUAACAGAAUUGCUAUGAUUAUUGGAAUCAGGUUUGUAAGUGUCUUUUCAUUAGCAAAAGUUUGAGAUUUAUGUUGGUGAUAGAAUUAGUUGCAUGGAAAAAUUGUCAGAUAAUUUUUCUAACACCUGUUGUCAUAUUUAACCUAAAUCUACAUGUAAUAGAAAUACAUACAAAUUGCACAUAUUUGCUAAAUCUGAGAAAAAUCAGGCAGGUAAUUGUAAUUCUGCUUCAGCUUAUUAAUUUGUGACAAAUAUAAUAUACAAAGCAUGAAGUGAUUUUUCAUUCCAGUACAAGCGUACUGUAAAUACAAAAGACCUGUAGGUUUGUCCUCUUUUAUAUUGCAAUCUGCAAGCAGAAAUUGUACAGAAAUUGAAGGCUGAUCAGAGACUAUGGAGGAAAAACUUUGAAGGCCAAUUAACCUGGGCUGGAAAAUCUUUUGAGAUCAAGUAGGGAUGUUUGUCCUUCGUUCCUAACUGCAAGGGCGUAAAGACACAUGGAGACCCAAGAAAUAGAGGAGGUGCGAUUGCUCGUUGAGCCGUCUCCUUCUAGUUUUUGAAAACUUCCCUUAAUGUUUCAACUUGAGUAUAAAAUUGUAGAUAAUGAAAAUCAUAUAUUCAAUUUAUUCUAUUUUGUGCCACCUCACUCAAAUUGACAAUAUCUGUUGUAAUUGUUUAUCCAGUUUAUAGCUGUUAAGCCACAUAAUACUAUAAAAUCAUACAUUUAAAUUUAAAGUAAAUCACCAGUUCAUUUUAACCAAUAUUUGUUAAUGCUUCAGACUAAUCUUCAGCUGACCUCUAUGUAUAUGUAUGUGUGUGUAUAUAUAUAUGUGUGUGUGUAUGUGUGUAUAUAUAUAUAUGUAUAUGUAUAUAUGUAUAUGUGUAUAUAUAUAUGUGUAUAUAUAUGUAUAUGUAUAUAUAUACAUGUGUAUAUUAUAUAUAUAUACACACACAUGUGUGUGUGUGUGUAUGUGUAUGUGUGUGUGUAUACACACACACACACAUAUAUUCUCUGUAAAGAUGUAUUAUAAUGUGAAUAAUACCAAAUGAACUUUAUUAUAAUAAACAGUUCACAGGCUACUGUCCUCGAAUGUACCCAUCUGCAGUUACUUACAAAAUCCAACUUGUAUGGAUUGUGUUCAGUAGCUCUAUUUCCCACAUUAGAUUUUCUAGUGGGAAUGUUCUGAGUAGGAAAAAAGUAUGAUUUGGCUGUCUGAUUGGUUUACUGCUUGGAGCCAGCAGAUAGACCUUGGAGUCAGCAUUUCUGUUCUCAUUCUUCUGAGGGUAAACUCCACUGACCUGAGUGGGACUUGCUUUUGCAUACACAAUUAUACGGUUAUGCAGUCAAGGACAAAUUAACUUGGCAGUUGUGUACUGUUGCUGGACAAGUGUACCUUCUAAGUUGCCUUCUGUAUUAAAUCAUAUUUCUAAGGACAACAUUCAAAUUAAGAUUACUAUAUUUCUUUGAAUAAAAUAUUCAUCCCUGAUGAACUGUAGAAACACAUUUUGCAUGUAUUGUAAGCCAGAGGCAUUCAACUAAUUUUAUAGGAUUGAUUUAAAAAAAACAAAACAGGGUUGCUAUUUGUUUUGUUUUCAUCUGUAACUGAAAUCACUUUCUUUCUACAGAUACAUGGGCUAAUUAAGCACACUUCUGCUUGAACAAGACUUUUGCCUCCCCUGUAGCAUAAGGUCCUUCACACUCCUGGGGAAAGCAAAUUGCAUGGAGGGACAGGCUUUCUAAUUGAUGCAGGAACACUGUCAGGCAGUCAGAGAUCAUGACAUAGUAUAGGACUAAUCAACCAUCAGGGAUCUGAGAAAACAAUGUUCCAUAAAGAAAUCUGUAAAGAAGCCAAGAGAUUUGUACACUAAAUUUGGGGUGGCCUUUAUAAUACAGUGAAUUAAUCAGAAAGUAAUGAUUUAGUCUUGUAUCAGUGACUGUGAUUUUUAAAUUGAAAGUCUAAUUAAAACUUAAUUUCUCAUAAUUGUAUUAAUAUUUAGUGAUUGUCUGCUCGAUAUUGUCAAUUGCAGUAUGAAAUCUUGAUACUAAUAAACCAAUUUGAGAAAUAUUUCAGUAAAAUCCAGUCAAUUUUAGAGGAUGCUUUUCUACAAUAUGUAAAUAUUUUAUCAGCAUUUGUUCUUCAAAGCACAUCAUAUAUUGGACACUUUCAAAAUACCUUUGUGAAAUGCAUUUUAAAUAUGUCAGUAAUGGAAGAAUAUCCAUAUAACAGAGAUUCAUUUAUUGUACUUAAUAAAGCAAAACUAACA